AUGUCUUUUAAACAAGAAUCAGCUUCUUUGGGAUCCACUUCAUCGACCAAAUUCUGUGACCCAAAAGAACAAAAGGAUACUGACACAAUUGCUUCUCUUAAUACACAAGUUUUCCAGUUACCAAAAUCAGAAACCUUGUCAGAAUCGACUCUUCAGAAUCCAGAAAAUCCUGAAGGUGGAUACGGAUGGUUCAUUGUUGUUGGCGCAUUUCUGGUCCAAAUGCCCAGCCUGAGUGUAGUUAUGAGCUGGGGUGUUUUCCAAGACUAUUAUGAGCAAAACUUGUUUGGCCACUCACCCGCAAUUACUCUUCAAUUGACAUUUGUCGGUACACUCGGCAACAUUCUUUUAAAUAUCCUGUCACCCUUUGUUCAAAUCCUGCUGUCUUAUAUGACUACAAAAAAGGCAUUGGCACUUGGUGUAGUGCUGUGUGUGGCUGGACUAGAGCUGGCCAGUUUCUGUACAGAGAUAUGGCAGCUAUGUAUGACUCAGGGUGUAUUAUAUGGUAUUGGAACAUCAAUUAUAUACUAUAUCGUAAUAAGUGAGAUCCCAAAAUGGUUUACAAAGAACACUGGAAUUGCUUUAGGCGUAGCAUCUAGUGGAAACAGUAUCGGAGGGCUUGUAAUGCCACUACUUGUAGGUGCUCUCAAUGAAAAAUUAGGUGUAUUCUGGUGUUAUCGUGUUGUUGGUUUUAUUAAUGUCGGUGUUGGAUUGUUUGCUUGCAUUUUAUUUCGAGAUCGACCAGGUCACACAAAAGUCACCCAAAGACUCAAAGACAUCAUUGACUUUAAGAUCCUAAAAGACCUCAAUUUUGUACUAUGGUGUAUUACCGACAUCUUUCUCGAAGGUGCCUACUAUGUUCCAGUCUUUUUCCUACCAUCAUACGCUACAUUUAUUGGACUUUCUCCAGAAAAAGGAUCAGCUACAGUUGCUGUUGCGUCUGGUUUGAGUACUGCUGGCCGUAUUUUAGCUGGUAAUAGUAAUAGUAAUAGUAAUAGUGAGCGUAACAGUUGCAGUAACAUCUCAACACUGUUUUUAUUAUCAAGAUUGAUUGGAGACCGUGUUGGCCAUAUGAAUGUUACGAUCGUAUUUUCUUUGUUUGCCGGUCUACUUUCUCUCUGUCUGUGGACCUUUGCAGACUCUUUUGGGGUUCUUAUCGCAUUCUCUGCUCUGUUUGGAUUCUUUGGUGGAGCAUUUGUCACUCUUACACCUUCGAUUACAUGUAUUAUUACUGGAAAGGAAAAGUAUGAGUCUGGUCUGUCUCUUCUUCUGGUCGUCACUACCUUAGCCAUGUUUGGUCCCAACCUGGCAGGUGCGAUCGAAAGUUCUGAAAUUGCCAUGCGAUCACCAUUUGUAAGCUACAAGAUAUUUACUGGUGCAAUGUAUGUAGCAGGGACACUGAUAAAGUCUCAAUAUUUAAACAGGGCACCAAAUGUGUACCCUGAGAACACAGGAACGAAUUUCAGCAGGGAUAGGAACUUCAAAGUGAAAUUCCCUUUAGAAACUCGGGUGAUCCAUUUAUGGAUCCUGAAUACACAACGAUACCAGACCAAGUCUGUCCUCAUAGGCACAAUUUUGGGCAGGCACAGACGGUGGAGGCUGACGGGGAACAGUGGAGAUUUUGGACAAAAAACCCAGGUCCGUACAUGCGUUCAAUAUUUUGAGGUUACUUGUUUACAAAACUACCUUGUUAAGUGUUACACAUUUCGCCUUUUCCUUAAGUUUCUAACUCCAGAAUAUUCAUAG